AUGUCUGAUCGCGAGGGUGCGAGCGGUGCAGCCGCCUUGGACGACGAGCUUUCCCUACCCAAAGCAACAGUUGCAAAGAUGAUCAGCGAGCUACUACCGAACGACGUUUCUUGUGCAAAGGAUACGCGUGAUCUGAUCAUUGAAUGCUGCGUUGAAUUCAUACACCUAAUAUCCUCAGAGGCGAACGAAAUAUGCGAGCAAGAGUCGAAGAAGACGAUUGCGCCUGACCACAUCAUAAGCGCUCUAAAAAGACUCGGUUUCGAAGAAUUCACGACUGAAGUAGAGGACGUACUCAAAGACCAUAAGAAGCUGGUGAAGGAUCGGGAAAAGAAAGUCUCGAAGUUCGAGCAGUCUGGUUUGACAGAGGAAGAACUGCUUGCCCAGCAAGAAGCACUCUUCGCAGCUAGUCGGGCUCGUUUCGAGGCGAACCAGUAGUCGUCAUCGGCUUAUCGAUAUAGCUUUGUUUUUCGAGCGCUCUGCAUCCUUUCUAUUUUUCAUAUAUAUUCUCUCUGCUAUAGUAAUGUUAUUUUUCUUCUUUUUCUUACGAGAGUGCGUGUAUCAACGACAUUCCUCUACAAUGUAUGUAUACAAUUGUGAAAUGUAAUUGUAAUGCGAUUCAC